GUGGUGGCGGAGGGCGUCCAGCGAAGACUCCGAAGGUCAAUGGCACCCAUGAGGACGACGUGCUCACGAUCCUGAAGACCAUCAGCGGUUCCUUGGUGACACUCUCUGGCCAGAUGAGCACUGUCCAGUUGGCUAUCGCGGUCAUCCCGGGCAUGCAGGGGGACACCGACAUGGGCCCCGAGACUUCCGAGCUGCUGAAGGAUGUCGUCGAGCGCCUCGGCAAGCCGGAGGCCCGCCUGGCCUUGCCCGCUGUUCCUCCGGUCAGCCCCCCGGCUGGCUCGACUGCGUCUUCCGACGGGUCUGACACCUCCUCGCAGGCCAGCCCGUGCAAGACUUGGGUGGUGGGGUUCCCGCAGCCGGUCAUGGGCCCUGCGCUGUAUGCCCAUGGUGCCACCAUGCUGAGCCACCUGGAGGAGGGCGUCCGCCAGGAAUUCCGCAUCCGGGGCUUCAACUUCAACACUUCGUACUCCAUCACGUUCCCGACCUCCGACCUCGCGAAGGCGAUCUUGGCCAAGGCCAAGGACGAAGGCUUGCAUUGGACGGAUCCCGCGAACCAGAAGCACGCCCUGCGGGCGAAGCCCGACACCCCAGGGAACAUCCGCAAGGCCAACCGCGUCCUGGACCAGUUGUGGAAGGUGACGCUGAACCACUUGCAGAACACCCAGCAGAUGCGCGAGGGCUACAAGUUGGGGAACCAGCCGAACCGUGGGCACAUGUACUACCUGAUUUGCAGUGACGUCGACUGCCGCCUCCUCAACAAGAUCGAGCCCGGGGACGGCGGGCAGUACGUGAUCACGCCGCAGCUCGCUGCCCUCGCGGCCUUCUUGAUCACGGCGACCCUUGCGGCCGACCACGUCGCCUCGGUCGCGCAGCCCAG